GGUAACCACAUGGGGAAAGUUUACACACUUUUAACAUUACAUUUGCACCGUAAUCCUUGAAUAGUUGGAACAUUUGUAUCCUGUUAAACUAUACUGACAUUCUCAAAAGAUCAACCAUGUUAUUCAGAAGUAUUGUAUUACAAGGAAGACGUUGGCUUCUGUUGACAGACAGUCCUAGAAGGUACAGACACAGGAAAUAUGUUAGCCAGCUGUUUCAAAAUCUACAGAAAAUUCCACCACAAGAUUCACAGUUACACUGCAAAAGUCAUAAGUUGAUGAUCUACAAUGACAUAAUACAGAACUGUCAUCCUGGAGGUUUCCAUUUACUUCCACUUGGUCAACGUGUCCUUGACAAACUUAUAAAGGUCAUUGAUGAAGAACUGGACACUAUUGGUGCACAGAAGAUUUGUAUGCCAACACUUGCUUUAGCCAGCUUAUGGAAGAAAACAGACAGAUGGGAUUCUGCAGGUGCUGAAUUGUUCAGAUUGAAAGACAGACACAAACAAGAUUACUGUUUAGGACCUACACAUGAAGAAUUGGUGACCGAUUUGAUAUCAAAGAUGGGGAAUAAUUUAUCGUACAAAAAAUUACCAGUCAGAUUAUAUCAGAUAUCCAGAAAAUUUAGAGAUGAAAUGCAUCCUAGGCAUGGCCUCUUGAGAAGUAGAGAAUUUGAAAUGAAAGAUUUAUAUACCUUUGACACAACAGAGGAGAAUGCCAAAAAAACAUACGAAGAAGUUUGUCAAGUUUAUGAAAAUAUUUUCAACAGGCUUGGACUACAAUUUAAAAAAGUAAUUGGUGCAACAGGAAAUAUUGGCGGGAAACUUUCUCAUGAAUUUCUCCUACAAUCAGACAUUGGAGAAGAUACUAUUAUAGUCUGUAAUAGCUGUCAGUAUGGAAGAAAUAUUGAAGUUGAAGACCCUUCAGUAAGAGAGAACAAGUGUCCCAGUUGUGGAAGUGAGUUGGAUAAAAUGUCUGCUAUAGAGGUUGGACAUUCCUUUUUAUUGGGCACAAAGUAUUCAGAAAUUUUAGGAUCUACUUACAAAGACAAAAAUGGCCAAAAUAUAGUCACACAGAUGGGAUGCUAUGGUUUAGGAGUAACCAGAAUACUACAGGCUGGUAUAGAAGUAUUAUCAGAGGAUGAAGCCAUACGAUGGCCAAAAAUAAUAUCACCAUACCAGAUAUGUAUCAUUCCACAGAUGAAAGGUUAUAUGGAAGAAAAGUUCAUGGAGCUAGCUAACAAUCUGUAUGAUGAAUUAGUGACUGUGCCAAACCUCCGUGGGGAAGUGGUCAUUGAUAACAGGACUAGAUUUACUGUUGGUAACAGGUUGACCCAGGCAAAUAGAUUAGGAUAUCCUUAUGUUGUUGUUAUUGGAAAAAGUGCCAUUGAUGAAGAACCUAAGUUUGAACUGCAAGACAUUUAUAACAAAACCACAGAUUUUUUAUCAUCAUCUCAAAUUAUUUCCAAACUUUCAAAUAUUAAAACUGCAGGACAAUAAAUACUUAUUUUCUUA